GGUAAUUGAAUUUUGAUUUACAUAAGGAUUGCCUUUUUCUUGUUCUACUCGGUUUUUACCGCCACUAACUCAAUGUUCUCUUUUGAUGUCAUUUUGUCUUCAAUCGGCACAAUCUGAUUAUGUGAUUCCAAUCUUCCAGUUCUUGGUGUUAAAGAGUUGUGGAAAAUAAUUAUUCAUUGCGGCAACAAUUUGAUGGUCUCGCUCAUCUCAGUAUUUUGUUUUCUAUAUUUUGGUUUAAUCUAACUUCAAAUUAACGUGGAUGAGUGGGGUUAGUUCCAUACUUUAAUUCUCCAAGUGUGAAACUCUAGUUUUUUGCUCCCAUAAAAAUUUCAGAAAGAAAAGUAUAAAUCGUUUUGUUGUCAAUAUUUUGUCAGUUACAGUGAGACAAUCAGUGCACUGGAAGAAACCAUAUUGCAAUGAACAUGUGGCGUGAUCUUAUUUGACUUUAGAUUUGUUCGUUUUCUCUUAUUUGUUAGCUGCUACCCUUUGAGAUAUAACUCGAUUAAGAAUUCCCAUUAUUUGCAGUUUCAUCUGAUGUGAGUUACUUACCUGCCCCAUGUCAUGCCUCUUUCUAUACCUACCAGAUAUUUAUUAAUAUUUACCUUUUGCCUUUGUUAUCAAAUUUAAAUAGUUGGAUACCUAAUUUGUUACAUUUAUAUCUGGCUAUUAUCCAUGGAAUCCCUGCACAAGCAAGAAUUAGAUGAUAAUAAGCUUGACAUCAUUUACUAAAGAUUUUAAAUUGGAAAGAUAUAUAGGAGGUGAUAUCACUUAAGAUUCUGAACUUUUUUCUCUGCUUCGGCAAUUCACAUUCACAAGGCUGGUUACAAGAUUUGAUUUGCCGCCAUGGUUUUCUGCUGUGUCUAUAUCCCUGAACUCAGAUGUUGACCUUGAUGCCUCAACAGUUGAAAGGGUUUCAAAAAGCAUACUGCCAAUAAUAUGCUUUAGAGAUGGAAGCCCUCCACUCCCUGAUGCGCUAAACACUUCUCUGAAAGAUCUGGCCAUUUCAGGAAUGAACGGUCUUGAUGUGGAGCAGUGCUUUCCCAUGCAGAGAAAUAUCACUGUGAAAUUGACAAAUGAGCAGAUAUCUCCAGGCAUUUGGUACAUUGGUCUUUUCAAUGGCAUUGGAGCUAGAAGCACGCAGUCAAAGAUGAUUAUCCGAGGCCCAGCAUACUCAUUCAGUGCCAAUAUAAGUGUUGAAGCAUGCACAAAUUCAAUGAUGAGGGGCAAAUUCUGCAACAGUACUGUCUAUCCACUUUCAUGCUCAGUCUCUAAUACUUCAAUAGUGAACAAGUCAACGGUGGAAAAUAUUGUGACAUGCAGAAAUAAUUUUGGAACUGUUUGUGUUUGGGAAGGGGUACCAAAAUUAUAUUCGUUGGAUAUAAUGAAUGUGGUGGAAGAGAUGACCAUUGUGGCAGCAAAUAUCACUUCCGGUGCAAAUGAUGUUAAUCUAAUGUGUUUUGCUCGGCAUGGUGCCAUACCUUCAGUAACGUUGCAUGACUAUUCCUAUAAUUUAAAUAAAGCUCCUUUGGUUAUUCAUUCACCCCUUAUUGGUCGUUGGUACAUUAGUAUAAUUCCAGUUAAUCUUACAAAAAAUAGCGGAGAGUCACAGAAUGGUGAUGUAAGGGUUUGCUAUUCCAUGGAAUCACAAGUGCUUGAAUGCGCAUCUGGAAAAGCUGGACCAAAUUGUACCUUGGAAAGCUUCAUGCUUCAGACAGUUCUAAGGAGAGGUUCUACCCCCUUUGAAUCAUAUUAUUUGCCAAUUGGUGAACGAGUGCCCUCAUAUUCUGCUAUUUUUCCUCUCGAGCCACUAUUAAGCAAUCCAUCAUACGUAGGACAACCUGAUAACACCUGGACUUACUUUCUUUUGGACAUUCCUCAUGGAGCUGCUGGAGGAAAUAUUCACAUUCGACUAUCCUCUGAUUCGAAGAUUAGUUAUGAAGUAUAUGCCAGAUUUGGUGGAUUGCCAUCUCUUGACAAUUGGGAUUAUUAUUAUGCUAACAAGACAAGGAGGAGCGAUCCAUCUAUGUUUUUUGUGUUAUAUGAGUCAAGUGAUGACAAGAUUGAUUUUUAUAUUAUUUAUGCUAGAGAAGGAAUGUGGGGCUUUGGUCUAAGACAUCUUAAUACCAGUACUGUUUCUUCAAAGGGACAGACCGUCAUGUCUCUUUCACUUGAAAGAUGCCCGAAGCGAUGCUCCUCUCAUGGGGACUGCAAAUUUUCUUUUGAUGCAAGUGGGCUAACAUCAUACAGCUUCUGCUCUUGUGACCGAAACCAUGGAGGCUUUGACUGUAGCAUUGAACUUGUAUCACAUCGAGGACAUGUACGGGAAUCAAUUUUCCUCAUUGCCUCUAAUGCUGCAGCCAUAUUUCCUGCAUACUGGGCACUUCGGCAAAAGGCAUUUGCAGAGUGGAUUUUAUUCACAUCCAGUGGAAUUUCGAGUGCACUAUACCACGCUUGUGAUGUAGGCACGUGGUGUGCAUUGAACUACAAUGUCUUGCAGUUCAUGGACUUCUGGCUAUCUUUCAUGGCUGUGGUUAGCACUUUUGUUUACCUUGCUACCAUUGAUGAAGUGUUUAAGAGGGCAAUUCAUGCGGCAGUUGCUAUCCUUACAGCUCUCAUGGCUGCAACAAAAGCAACCAGGUCUUCUAACAUAGUUCUUGUAAUAGUCAUUGGGGGCGUUGGUCUUCUUAUUGGUUGGUUGAUAGAAAUCUCAUCAAAGUAUAGGUCACUUUCCUUCUCAAUUGGGUUUUCAUUAAAUUCCAUUAACAGCUUGGAAAUUAUAAAGCAACGGCUCUAUAAUCUCAUGAAGACGCUUCUGAGACGGUUCCGAUGGGGUUUCUUAUUGGCUGGUUUUGUGGCAUUGUCCAUGGCUGGCAUAAGCUGGAAGCUUGAAACUAGUCAAACAUAUUGGUUUUGGCAUAGCAUGUGGCACAUCACAAUAUACGCAUCUUCUUUCUUGUUCCUUUGUUCAAAGGCAAAAAUUGUUGAUAGUGAGAAUCAAUCACCUGCAAGUGGAAACUAUGCUCUGACUCGUCAAGAUUCACUUUCAAGAGGUAGUGGAUAAAAGUUUUCUAUGGAAUACAUAGGCUGUGUAAGUAAAAUGGAUGGUUUAGACUUUAGAGGAUUUAAUUCCUGAGAAGACAUCAAAGGAAGCAGUAUAUGUUUGUACAUUCUUUUGUGCUUAAGAUUUGCUGCUAUCAUUCUUUCUUUUUUCUUUCUUUCCUAAUAUUUAAUAAUUUUUGUCUAUACUGGCUCUAUGAUCAAAGGUAGGAGAAUGAUUGAGAAGGGUUUAGUUUAGUUGUUGGGGAAGAGGUUAUGGGUCAGAGUUUUUGUCAUGUAAUCAUUAUUGCUUUUGAGAUAACUCAUUUGAUCAUUACUUUGUUUUAGAAAGUUCUUUAUAAUUCUUAAAUUGGCUUUUUAAUUA